AUGACUGCUGGCUCCACCACCCAAUCGUCUGAUGGAGGCAGUUUCUCUGGCUUCAAAGGAAACAUGUUCAAUGUUCCCCCAGCUGGUAGUUCGGCCCCAGCCCAGCAGCCUUUGCCUUCGGGAGGGCUUUUUGGAACAGGAUCGCAACAAAACAACACUACGGGAGGCUUAUUCGGCAGCAGCACGACCAGUGGAUCCUCUGGGCAACCUGCAACGGCAGCCCCCGCCACCACAGGCAGUAUCUUUGGACAGAACAGUGCUUCCAGCAGUGCUCCGUCGACAAACGUCUUCGGCCAGUCAGCCUCAAAUAAGCCCUCCCCAUUCGGACAGUCCACCGCCUUUGGUGAGUCUAUGCAGACAUCUCCUGACGCAAAGAACAACGGUGCGCAGUCGAAGCCACCUAUUUUUGGCGGUGGUGCCUCCCAAACUGGUUUUGGAACUUCCACAAACUUCGCCAGUCCUGGGGCUGGCUCCUUGUUCGGUGGCUCUGCAUCGAAACCUGCUGAGACACCUAAGCCCCUUUUUGGUGCUAAGCCCACAGAGCAGUCAACUCCUUCGACCUCGCUCUUUGGUGCGACUACUCAACCCAGUUCUACUCCCUCUCCCGCUUCAUCUACCCCCGCAGCCUCCAGCACGACCGCCGCUCCAUCACCGUCUAUCUUCGGAACUUCAUCGUCAGCUAAACCCACCACAUCAUUCCAAAAUCCCUUCCAGUCCACAAACCUUUUUGGCACUCCCGCCUCAUCAACUGCAGCACCGGCUUUGGAGGAUAAAGAAAAGCAAGAGAAGAAACCCGAGGAGUCUCAACCUAAGACUGGUUUCCAGUUCACGCCCUCUACCGGUGGCCCAUCUUUGUUCUCAAAGAGUGCAAGUUCUGCAGCUCCAUUGGCUCCAUCAAGCGGCCUAUUCCAGCCUCCAUCUACGGGUAGCUUGUUUGCUCCCAAGCCUUCUGUAGAGCAGAACACUUCCAGUGUGGACCAGGAUAAAGCUAAGCCUGCCGAAGGAAACCCAUUCAGCAGUCUCUUCGCGCCAAAACCAGCUACCCCGGCCAAGCCAGCCGGAGAGCAGAAGCCUUCCACGGAGCAGAAGCCACUGUCCUCUUCUGGUAACGCUUUCGGUAACCUUUUCGCUCCAAAGCCCUCUACACCUAGCGAGGGAUCGAAGACUAGCCAGCCAGAGAAGGCUGCCACUCCUACACCGCUUUUCUCAACCCCCACAUCAGGACCUGAUGCUCCUAAAUCUUCUGGUCUUUUCGCGCAGUCGCCGUUGUUUUCGGCUCCUACUGUAGGAAAUAAGACCCCGGCUCCAGCUGUGACCGCCCCGACCCCGUCUCAAAGCCCAUUCAAGGUUAAUGGCACAAGCACGGCCUCAUCGGCCUCAUCGGCUUCUGCUACCGAAAAGAGCUCGACAACAAGCUUUGAGGACAUGCGACCAUCCGGACUUCCUGAUGAUCUUGAUAAAGCAAGCAAGGAAGAAGUGGAGACGUUGUAUCGCAUGCGCAUGUUGAAUGAAUGUUUCAAACGUGAAGCGAGUCGCUUGGAUCCCACUAAAGACGACUUUGAUGCUCUUGUGCAGUUCUACAUGCGUGUUCGUGACACCAUUGGAGCGCCAGCUGGUCCGCAAAAGCGUAAAGCUGCGGACGAAAGUGCAACUGCUGAUGGCCAUUCCGUUAAAAAGGUCAAACCCUUCGGUUUGAAUGCUGCCUCUAACAAGGAAGACUCUUCGCCCGCCACAACCACAACUGCGACUGGUUCUGUAGCUACCAACAUCUUCGGAGCAAGCCAAGCGACCCCAACUACCAGCAAGAGAAAAGUGGCCGACGAGGAUGAGAACACUGCUUCGCCAGGAAAGCGUGUCAGUGAAGACUCCACGACGGCGAGCAUCUUCGCGCAGUCCUUCUCAAAAUCCAUCAACUCUGGGUCAAGUGAUGAGCCAACUAAGCCUAACUCUACUCAAUCCGUUACGUCUUCUGCCAGGCCAUCUACUCCGGACUCAGAUAAACCUGCUUUGUUCUCCACUACGCCUAUCUCUUCCCCUCCAAAGCCUCUUUUUGCAGCCUCAACCACGACAAAGGACAACUCCACGUCGACGUCGCUGUUCUCGCAAUCCGGCCCUUCCUUUAAGCCAACAUUUACUGCAUCUACUAAUGGCACCUCUACUAACUCGAAUCCGUUCGUCCUAAAGCCGUCAGGCGAUAAGGAAGCUAGCUCUGCACCCGCCCCUAUUCCUGGCAUGCCAAAAUUCGGCGCCGGAGCAACAAAUUUCUUCGCCCAGUUCAAGGCACAGGUAGACAAGGAUGCUGAAAAGGAGAAGGAAAAGCGCAAGGCGGAAGAUUUCGAUUCUGAUGAAGAAGACGAGGCUGAAUGGGAGAAAAGAGACGCCGAAGAACGCCGGAAAAAGCUAGAGGCACUUGAGUCUCAAGCUCCGAAACGCUCGAAAUUUGUUCCUGGAAAAGGAUUUAGUUUCGAAGACGACGAGGAGACAAGUGAUCUGGAUAAGAAGGAGGAGACCGCGCCCACCUCGGAUGCUAGUACCUCCUCGAUCUUUGACAAGAAGACUGACUCAUCAGCCAAGCCCAACAACAUCUUCGGUCAUUUGUCAGCAACACCUUCUGAGGCUGAAGAGAACGACGAUGCUGAUGACACCGAGGAAGCGUCUGCCGCUGGUGAUGAGCCAGAGGAUAUGUCCAAGGAUACAUCCCUUGCGCCCGCUAGCGAAGACGAAAGCAACGAAUAUGUGGAUGCCAAAGCGGGUGCCGGCAGUGGUGCUGAGAACUCUGCUAACGACAGUAGUGACGACGGUGAUCUUACCAAGGCUCUGAAAAAGUCGAAGCAAGAGAAGACCGCCACAAACGAGCAAUCCGCCAGCGAUACAGGCGCGAGUGGUCGUAGCUUGUUUGACCGUGUCGAGUACAAGCAAGACGGCACGCUGAAGCGUCAGGACGACGAGGAGCAAAAGCCCCUUUCUACGUUUUUCAAUUCCUCCAAAUAUGCGUCCUCUUUCAACUCACCGGGAACGCCAAACCCAUUUGCUCCGACUCCCUCUAAGUCUGAUGCCGAGAAAGACGAUGCUCCCACCUCGAAGCCCGCAACGCCGAACCCCUUUGCCAGCCUCUUUGGUUCUCCCUCGCCUACCCCUGCUGCAGGCACCCCAUCUAUAUUCGCCCCAAGCGCCGCCAAGGCCGGUGCGGAUAAUACUUGGAAGAUGAAUUCUCCCAUUAAGUUUGCCAGUGACUCAAAUGCGGCUUCUACUUCGAAACUUGAUUCCGCAUCCGCGACGCCGGCUGCUGAUUCCUCGAAACCAUUCUCCACACUAUUUGGAGCGGCAUCUGCUACCAAGCCUGCAUCUUCUGGUACUGGAUCGCCAUCACCUGGCUUCACAUUUGGUGGACCUGCGCAGCCACCAUCAUUCCUGGCUCCAUCGACUGUCAGCUCUGCUGCUGCCAGCCGCGCGUCCACUCCUGGAAUUACAUCCGACACGGGAGCCGAGGAGUCUGGAGAUGGUGAUGCAGCUGAGGCUUUGCCUCAGGCUAACCUUGCUCAAAGUCGAGCCGGUGAGGAGAAUGAAGACGUUGUGAUCGAGACUAGAGCGCGCGGCUUGAAACUCACCAAAGAUGGAUGGAACAGUCAAGGAGUUGGGUUUCUUCGUGUGUUGAAGGAUCGCACUACCUCUCGCGGCCGUGUUAUACUUAGAGCUGACCCGAGCGGCAAGAUUGUCCUGAACGCAUCCUUGAUCAAACAACUCAGUUACACUGUCAAGGGCACCAGUGUGCACUUCCUUGUACCCCAGGCCGAUGGGCCUCCGGAACAAUGGGCAAUCCGGGUUAAAAAGGAGGAAGCGGAACGCCUCGGGACUGCAAUGGAAGAAACCAAGGCUUAG